AUGCCGCCAGCGCCGGUGCCGUACGGCCAGCGGCAGCACCAGCAGCUGCAGCAGCAGCAGCAACCGCCUCGGCCGGGCCUGAGCGCUCGACCGCGUGCGACAGCCAGUUCGUCCUACGAGCAGCGACCGUCGUACGAGCAGCGGCCAUCGUACGAGCAGCGGCCAUCGUACGAGCAGCGGCCGUCGUACGAUCACCGACCGCCGUACGAUCACCGUGCGUCGUUCGAUCAACGGCAGUCGUACGAACGAAGGCCGUUAUCCGCAUCUCCCGGUAUCGCCGCGGUUCGUUCGUACAGCACGGACGUCCCUCCCGAUUUUUACAAUCCGCGACCGCUUUCGGCAGCAGCGGGCGUGCCACGUGGCCGCAGUGUGAGCGACGACGAUGGGUAUACCGGAGACGACUCGACGUCAGGUCGACCAAUGGUUGACCGACCCGUGGAAGGCCGACAAACCGGUCCGUCAUCCGGUUAUCCCGCAAACCCUUAUCAGGCCCCUCAUCAGGCCCCUUAUCAGGCUUCUUAUCAGGUCCCUUAUCAGGUCCCUUAUCAGCCGCCGCAGCCGCCGUACCAUCACUCGCAGCUUAGUCCUCACGGCGGCGACAUUGCGUUGAAAAAGCCUCUUAGUCCGAGACAGGUCAGGAGCCCUAGAGCGCUUAGCCCGCUCGCUGCUGCCGCGUUCGGCAUGCGCGGGGGUUACGGCGCGCCGGGGAGGGGGAAUGAGGAGUGCGUGUACGGGGAAGACGAGGAGGGGGAGGAGGAGGAAGGCCGCGAGCGCAGCUUGCGCGCGGGGAUAUUGAGGGGCGCGGCGGCGCUGAGGGAGCGGCAAGCGGGGUCGUCGGACGACGGCGCGAGUACCUCCCCCACGUCUAUUGGCUCCCCCGGGGUUCUGCCGGGCGGGGGCGCGGGAUGGAGCGGAGGGGCCGGCGGAGGAUUAGGCGGCGCAGGCGGAGGAUCUGACCCGUCAAAUCGUCCUAGCACUGCGAGCAGCACCAGCAGCACCAUGAGCGGCGGCGGCGGCGGGUUUGGCGGAGGGUUUGGCGGAGCGGGGAGUAGCAGCAGCAGCAGCAGCACGGGGGUGACGGUGAUACGCGGAGUCAUGGCCGGCGGAUCCGUGGGUAGAAGCGGGGGAACAACCCUAGCGGGAAAGCAGGUGGUGAUUCGAAUUCGACCAAGAGGCGGCUCCAUAGACGCGUCGCACGGAGUGGGUUCCACCAGCAGCAGCAGCGGCGCUGGCGGCGGCGACGGCGGCGGCGGCAGCGCGGCGGACGUAGGCAGUGGCGCGGCGGCAGCGGGUUUCACGGCGACGGUGACGGCUGUGCUUCCGGCGGGCGCGGGGUCCCCCCGUUCCCCGUCCAGCGCGCGCAAACGGGAGGCGGGGGGGGCGGGCGCGCCUGGCGCGGGCGGAGGGAGGCUAGAGGGGGUAGGUAGGCACACAUUCGCAGCAGGCAGCACAGGCGGCGAUGGUGCUACGGAAGGCGGGUAUUCCCGAGAGGCCAACCUCACUCUCCCUGGCAAGCGAACCGACGCCUCGGCCGAACCUAGGUUCAAAGGUGUGACGCGGUUAGGCUCGGUGGCGGCUGCCGAAGCAGCAGCCGCGGCAAUUGCGGUGGCAGACGCGGCGGCUGUAGCGCAGGCGGGGAAAGCGGGGUGGGAGCCGCCUCUCAGCCCCCCAGGGGUGCCCGCCAUCCCCGCGGAGGGCCGUCUGAGCAGCGAGGGAGACGUUUUUCUUGAGUAUCUGCGCAAGGCGGGCGAGGGGAGGGCAGCUGCGCAGUAUGACGUGGCAGUGUGCUACGGAGGGGGCUUUGGCGUGAAGCAGGAUAAGUCCCUCGCCGCGUACUGGUUCCGAAAGGCGGCAGAGCAGGGAUUGGCGCGCGCACAGUACGCUCUAGCAGAGUGCUACGAGGCAGGCGCGGGCGUUGAGAGAGACGAAGAGGAGUCCUUCCGGUGGUUCUUCCGGGCGGCGAGCUUCGGCAGCGGCAAGUACUUAGUCAAGCUGGGGCUGUGCUUUGAGCGGGGAUUCGGCGUGACAGAGUGUCCUGUAGCGGCGCUGUACUGGUACCACAAGGCGGCGGAGCAGGGGCCGAAAUUCGCAGCGCAGGUGGAGAAGCGCAUGGAGGUGCUGCAGCGGCAGCGGGAGGAGGAGAUCAUGAGCGCGCGGGGGGAGGGCGUGCCGGUGGAGUGCAUCUGCCCGCUGACAGGCAGGAUGAUGGAGGACCCGGUGGAGCUGCCUGAGACGGCCGUGUGCUGUGAGCGCGCCCAGGUCAAGACGUUCUGGGACCACUGCGAACUCAGAUGCCCUGUUACCAACCAGGUGGGUGGGUUACAAACCAGGUGGGUGGGUUACAAACCAGGUGGGUGGGUUACCAACCAGGUGGGUGGGUUACCAACCAGGCUUCCUCCUCUCAUGUUUAAACCCUUCACCCUUGUCUUUGCACUCUUCCCACCUUCCCUCCACCCACCCACCCACUUACUCUCCCUGCGCCAGCCUCUCAAGGUGAAGGACAUGAAGACAAAUCUUGCCAUCCGGCGCCGGGUCACUGAGUGGAAGCGCAAGCGGCAGGCGGAGCAGGAGGCGCUACAGGGGCCAGUGGGGCCUCGGGCGUCCACCUGCCAGGCAGUCGAGGGCGAUGAGUGGGGGACGGAAGGGGAAGACGAGGGGGAGCACGGCCGGGCUUAUGGGCCGCACGAGGAGGAGGAGGACGAGGAGGACGAGGAAGGGGAGGAGGGUGUGGGUGGGACGGCGGUGGACAAGUCAAGAGAGGGGGACAGCGAGGAGGGCGAGGAUGGAGAGGAGGGAGAGGUGGCCGUGGGGCGGGCGUUGGCUCGUGAUUCGUCCCGCGACCUGUCUCACAGCUACAGCCGAGGCUCCUCCUCCCGGGCGUACAGUGAGAGCGUGCCAUCUGAGCCGUCCAUGCGCCGAGAUGCGUCCCUGGACGAGCCUAGGAGAGUCAAGGUGUCCAUGCCCCGGGGUGGAGCGCUCUUAUCACAGAGUGCUCUUAUUACUGGUGCUCUUAUCACUGGUGCUCUUAUCACUGGUGCUCUUAUCACUGCAUCUCAAUGUCCACACUUCUCUGCCUGUCCCUCUAUCUCUCCUCCCCCGAUCCCACCCUCUGGAGGCGAGUCCCACCAGCACCGAUCACAGCACAGUCACACCAGCAUUCUUCAUGGCACGACCGCCUGCCUGCUGCUGCAUCGCUUCCGUCCACCCUAUGCACGUGAUCCGCGCGCUGCCGUGCGCUGUGUUCAGAUUCUCACCGGCACAUCCCUCUGCGUGCCCUGCCCCUCCACCUCUCUCCCUUCUCCCCCCUCCUCUCCCCACACCCCACCCGUGCAGGUGAGUCCGCGCACGGUGAGUCGGCGGAGCCAACCAGUGAUUGAUUGUGGGCCGCGGUGGGCGCUGGCACGCUACCGCGAGGUGCUGGAGAAGCUGCUGCCCGUCGCGGAGCCAGUGAUUGACUGCGGAGCAAGUGAUCGACUGUGGGCCACGGUGGGCGCUGGCACGGCGGAGCCAGUGAUCGACUGUGGGCCGCGGUGGGCGCUGGCACGGUACCUGGAGGUGCUGGAGAAGCUGCUGCUCGUGCAGCGGGAAGCUGGACAGAACCUUCUGGGGUCGUGUGCAGGGGGGCCGGGCGGCUCGGGCAGGGGAGCGGGGGAGGGCGAGGGGGAGGUGUGGGAGGCGGUGGAGGCACUGGAGGGGCUGUGUGCACGGGGGGUGCAGCAGCUGCUGGAUGACUUCAGGGCCGCGCUGCUGGCCUGCAGCCAGCCCUUGGACACAGCAGAGCUGCAUGAGGCGGCAGCAGCAGCAGCAGCAGAAAUGGCCCUUUCUGGCCCGCUCCCUACCGCCACUGCUAAGCCCAAGGGGCACGCGCACAAGGGGGGUGGGGGGUCUGCAAGGGAAGGCGGGGAGGAUGGGGGAAGGCACUCCGCCCCCUUCCCCUCGCCUGCCCAUGCUGACAGGCAUGGCGCUUCUGGUGCCGGUGUCAGUGGUGUUGCUGGUGGUGGUGCUGCGGGUGCUGGUGAUGGGACGGGGUCGUUGGUUGGUGAUUCUGUUUCUGCGACUGGGAGUGGGACAGGGAACAGUAUUCACAGGAGUGGUAGUGGGGGCGGCGGGGGGAGUGGGAGGGGGAAGGGGAGGGAGAGGGAGGGGAGGGUGAUGAGGAGGCCCACCAAGUGGGCGGGGGCGGACAAGGCAGCGGUGGGGCUGCGGCAGGUGGUGCAGGUGCUGGCUAGAGCAGGCCACUUCGACCGCUGCUUUGACAUUUACAGGUGGGCGGGGUGGGGCUGCUGGUGGUUGGGGUUGCUGGUGUGGGGUACCCCAGUGUGUGUGAUGGGCGUUGUAGAUGGGAGUGCCUCGUUGCAGUCGGUGGAGUAA